ACUAUUGGUUUACCCAGAAGAUAGUCUGCAUAAGACUAUGUUAAAAAAAACACAAAUAGUUUUCUCCUUUACUUUCACUCAACGCCCUCGAGCGAAGAGACACUUGACAUCAAGGUCGCAGCCGUCAGUCCGAUUCCGAAUCUUGCAAGCCCCGGGACAAGGCAGGAAAGACGCGUCCAAGAGAUUCGAGUCAGCCCCCAGGGCAGGGGCGAAUCCAGUCAAGGUGAUUUCUGCUGUAGGAAGAGAAUACAAGAACACCGCCGGAGCCCGCGUGAAUCCU